GUAUGUAUAUAUAACGUUGAAUCCAACCUUUAGAACGGCACAUCAACUCGAUUCCGAUUCAGUCGAGGUCUAUAUUAAAAACGUGUUUUUCGUAGUUGGUUUCAUUUAAAAUGUUGCCGACAGUUGUACAUUUAUAUGUUUUAUUAUUUUUUAUGAUAAAGAUAGUGCAUAGCCAACCGUUGUGUUCUUGUAAUCAAACGGAUUCCGAUUUCGCGUCUGACAUCAGCCUAAUAUAUUACAAAUGCAAUAAUGAAACUCCUGCCACAGUCGCCUAUCCUAUCACAGCGCCAAACGGUUUACUCGACGUGUUGGAAGAUAAAAACCGGACAAUCUUUUAUAUUUUUGGGUAUUUGCAAUAUCCGGAGGAUGAAAAUGUGCAAUUAAUGAUGGAAGCACUAUGUGACAAAAGAACGGACAACGUUGUGCUACUCGAUUGGAGUAAGUACUCUGGUGGGACUUUGGAGACCGUGUUCAGCAAUGCUGAAAAAGUAGGAGAUUUGUACGCACAAAGUAUACGACUACUUGUGGCUAAUGGCCUGGACGUAUCGAAAAUUUAUACCGUCGCGUACUCUGUGGGUGCUCACAUUGCUGGUUUCGUCCGUAAAUGCAACGGCUUUAAGAUAUCUCGUAUCACAGCACUGGAUCCAGAGUAUACUGUUUCAUAUCCUAACGGGUGUUUUCUCGAGUCUAACGAUGCGAUGUGGGUCGAUGUUAUUCAUACGGACAUGGGUGGAUAUGGCAUCCCAUGGACUAUGGGGACACCCUGUAUAGUGAAUCGUGGAACUCGUCCUCAACCUGGUUGCCUCCAACUUGAUGACCUACCAUUAAACUCUAUUGGUGUCUGUAGUCAUCAAAGAUCUGUCGAGUUAUAUGCAGAAUCAAAAGUUUACAGUUGUUGUCCCAAAUUUGUUGUACCACAAUGUUCUUCUGCGCAAUAUAAUUCCUUCAGUAAGUGCACUAAGACGAUCGGUAUUGGAUAUACAGCUACAAACGACAUAAGCGGAAAAGUUUAUGUUUCUUAUGACCCUGAUAACCCUGAUGACAAAUAACAAAUAGUUAAGUUAUUUCACCGUAUUCAAUAUAUUACUAAAGAUUUAUAGAAAACGUAGUUAUAAAGCACUGAUUCUGUCAUAUAAUUCACUUAUAUGAGUGCAGUAUAUAGUAGUAUAUAGUGAUGUCCCAAAUUUAACAGAUUAUUUUCCUUAUUUUUCUUAUUAGAAAAUAUUUAAUAUAUAUAUAUUUAUAUAUCAUAACAUAUUGGCAACUUUUCCAACAAACCAUUGGAAAUUUAUACAAUGCCAAGAAUUAUAUUUUUAUUAAGGUAUACAUAUAUGUAUAUACAUAU